ACAACAUGUAUACCAUUUCAACAAACAAGAGUCUAUUCUACAAAAAUGUAGUAUGACGUAACGUUUUAAGGUUGGUUUGGGUCGCGGUGUACCACUUCGUACGGUAAAUCAAGUUUUUGACGCAACUGGCUGUCAUUAAGUAAAAUAAAAUGGGUUUAUUCGGAAAAUCUCCUGAACAAAACCCGAAGGAAAUGGUUCAAGAAUGGACCCACAAAUUAAGAAAAGAAGGUUAUCAAUUGGACAGGCAGGUUCGCGCAAUUCAGCGAGAAGAGGACAAAGUGAAGCGGUCCUUGAAGGAGGCUGCUAAGAAAGGAGAUAAGGAUGUCUGCACAAUUUUAGCAAAAGAAGUACUCAGGGCCCGAAAGGCAUGUACAAAAAUUUAUACAUCCAAGGCACAUCUGAAUUCAGUUUCCCUACAAAUGAAAAAUCAACUAGCAACUAUCAGGGUAGCUGGCUCUCUUUCAAAAUCCACAGAGGUUAUGCAGGCGAUGCAAUCUCUGGUGAAAGUACCAGAGGUAGCUGCAACAAUGAGAGAAAUGUCAAAGGAAAUGAUGAAAGCAGGUAUCAUCGAAGAAAUGCUUGACGAAACUAUGGAUUCUAUCGAAGACUCUGAAGACAUGGAGGACGAAGCACAAGAGGAAGUUGACAAGGUACUCUGGGAAGUAACGGCAGGAGCAUUAGGAACUGCACCUGCUGUAGUUACGGAAACACCUGGUGUACAACCUGUCGCAGCAUCUACAUCCAAAGAAGAGGAAGCAGAAGAUGUUGACGAUACAGAGUUAGAAGAGAUGAAAAAUAGACUUCAGAGUUUGCGCAGUUAGGUCAAAUAGCAAAUUAAAGAUUGUUUAUAAAUCACAAUUUCACAUCGAUUCGUUGAUGAAAAUAUAUAUUUAUUUUUUUUCUUUUCAUAUUUCACAUACAGAUUAUUUUAUGUGCUUGUUUUUAAUUGAAUGAAGUAGGCUAACAAUACCUAAGAAUUAAACAGCGUUGGAAUCACCUAGCAAGAUACUUUUGCAACGUUGAUGACAAUUUAAAUGCUGUGUUUGACGAAAACAAUAAAUGCACUCACGUCCAACUCUAUACUGAAACACUCCAGUCGAAGUACAGAUGAAUAUCUACAUCAACUUUAUUUUGUACAUUUACAAAAUUACUAGAAAAAAAUCAAAUCUGUUUUUUUGAAAAAUUUUAUCUCAUUAAUUUUUGUUUCUGUUAUCCAAUAUCACUAUAUUGAUCAAAGCACGUCGAGUACUUUCUAAUUUUAUUGUUAUUUCUGUCAAUGAAAAGCAUUUUGAACAAUAGCUUCAUGCAGUACGCGUACAUGCAAUUAUUCCGCAUAGGUAUAUUACUCAGCCUUAUACAAUGUGUACAGUGAUACUAAUGAAUAAAUUUGCUGUUAACAAA